AUGGUCCCCCGUCUGCAGAUGGAUGUGGCAGAUGGGUCCAUUCUCUCUACGGAGGUAGAGAUGGAGGAGAAGAAGCUGAAGAAGAAAGCGCUGAGCAAGGAGCGCUGGGCUCUGAAGACGUUCAACCCCAGGGGCCCAAAGGGUGGCAAGGAUGUCCAUCGAUUUCUAUGGGCUGAAGAUUCGGAGGAGGAAGAGGAGGAACAAGAAGAAGAUGUGUCAGCAGAGGAGACCCAGGUCGGCGAGAAUCUCAAGGUCUUUGUGGGGAACAUCCGCUGGUCGAAGGUACCGACGCGACCCGAUGGGCACCGAAGGGGACCACGCGCGACGAGACAUCCUUUGAAGAAGCACGCAUUUGCAUCUGCAUGCCUUUGCUCUACUUGCUGA